AUGUUACCUGAGAUGGUAGAGGUGACGUACGAGACGGUCGGAAAGCUGCCAGACGGCCAGGUGGAGGUCGUGGCGAUGGAUGUAACGCGGAAUCACACUCUCUCGAGGAUUCGCUUGCUCUGCGAGGAGCCAUGUCUGGCUAACUACGUUACGGACGUAAAGGCCGAGGUAGUCAGGAUCAGGACAGAGCAGCGAAAGAAGAAGAAUCAGCGGGCGAAGGAGUUGAGGCAGCUGGCGAAGGAGAGAAAGGUGACGGAGAAGCGGGAGAGGGAAGACGAUGAGGCUGAGGAGAACGACCGUCAGCCACUGGCGAAGAAGGCGAGGACGGAGAGCUAA